AUGCAGACGCGAACCGAGAGAGGAAAUGUGAGAAACCAGGGAUUCUCUGCAAAUGUCAGGAUAUUAAUAACUAUGCUUAUAACCCUCGCCCUAUUCGCUUUCACAGUGGCUCUCGCUAAUGAAGGAGAAAAUGUGGAUCCGGCAACGUUGACAGGUCAUGCUCUCGCUGAUUAUCUCAGAAAGCACCAAACAUUUUUCAAGGUGAAAGAAUCGCCAGAAGCCGACUUGCGUAUGAAGUUUGUAAUGGAUUCAAGGUUUAUGACUAUUCCCAGUGAUAAAGACCGGAAAGAAGUUGAACUGGAUGAAGAGCCACCUGAGAGAUUUGACGCAAGAGACAAAUGGCCAGAUUGCGUAUCAAUUGGCACCAUCCGGGACCAGUCAUUUUGCGGUUCCUGCUGGGCUGUUUCAGCCGCCGAAGUAAUGAGUGAUCGUCUAUGUAUACAGUCUGGUGGCAGAAUAAAGCUAGAGCUUUCCGACACAGAUAUUCUCGCGUGCUGCGGAUUCCAGUGUGGAUCUGGGUGUGAAGGAGGUUACCCUCUUCAAGCGUGGCGUUACGUUAUGGAGAAAGGAGUUUGCACUGGAGGGAGAUAUAGACAGAAGGGUGUUUGUAAGCCAUACUCUUUCCAUCCAUGUGGGUUCAAACCUGGUCAGACAUAUUACGGCGAUUGCCCAAGAAAGACCUGGGAAACACCAAAAUGUGAUAAGUUUUGUAGACGCGGAUAUGUGACGCCUUAUGAGAAGGACAAAUAUUACGCCAUCUCGGCAUAUGUGCUUCCGAACGAUGAAAAGGUUAUUCGAAGGGAAAUAAUGAAGAAUGGGCCUGUGCAAGCAGCAUAUUUCACAUACGAAGACUUCAAACUUUAUGAUGGUGGAAUUUAUGUUCAAAAAGCCGGAAAAAGAACUGGUGGACACGCAGUGAAAAUCAUUGGAUGGGGAGAGGAGAAAGGAGUAAAGUACUGGCUCAUAGCUAAUUCGUGGAACGUCCUGUGGGGAGAAGAAGGUUACUUCCGUAUGAUUCGAGGCACCAACAACUGCAGUUUGGAGGAGAUGAUCUAUGCGGGCAUGAUGAAAGUGGACUGA